CCAACUGAAGACAAUGCAGGGAGUCAAAUACUAUAGACUACCCGUAACAACGAAGUAGCCUGUUAUGCUGGUAUUGAGAAUCUUCCUUUGCGGAUGAGCUUCCUGGAUCAAGAUGAGAGUUGCAGUCUUUUCAAAAGUGCAGCAUUUGCACGUGAAGCAUUACCAUCCGAGUACGAGAAUAUUGGGAAGCAAAUAGCAGAUGAAUGUCACGGGUUACCACUAACUAUUGUCGUGGUUGCUGGGCUUCUCAAAUCUAAAAGGGCAAUAGAAGACUGGGAAAAUGUUGCUAAAGAUGUCAAGUUAUUUGUCACAAAUGAUCCUGACAAACAAUGUUCACGUGUGCUUAGGUUGAGUUACAAUCACUUGACUAGCGAUCUAAAGACUUGUCUACUGCAUUUCGGAAUUUUUCUAGAAGACAGUGAUAUUCCAGUGAAGAGAUUUGUGAGAUCAUGGAUGGCUGAGGGGUUCCUGCAGUUGGAAAAUGAUUUGGAAGGAGAGGCUGAGAAGUGUUUACAAGAGCUUGUCGAUAGAUGUCUAGUCCUCGUCGGCAAGAAAAGUUGAGAUGAAACAAAAAUUAGAUCAUGUAAGGUUCAUGAUCUAAUAAAUGACCUGUGCUUGAGCGAAAUUCAAAGGGAGAACAUUUUUAUCAUGAACGACAUUGUGCUUGAUUACUCAUAUUCAGAACGUCGAUAUCUCACUAUGCAAAAAAUGCAUCCCUUUAAACGCUUGACUGGUGAUGAAAUUGAUUAUUGACCCUAUGGUCUUUAUAGGGCUCUUCUUACCCCUAUACAUCGUCAGUUGAGAGAUCAUGACAACAACAAUCUUUUGAAACAAACCCGUUCUAUUUUCUGUUUUCAUCCAAUGUAUUCAAUUCUUGAUCUCAAAUCAGAGCUUAUUCAUUUCAAAUUUCUGAAAGUCUGGGAGUUGAGACACAUAGAUAUUGAUAAUUUCCCUCCAGAGAUACUAAGCCUCAUCUGGUUGAGGUACCUAUCAUUGCUCUGCCAUAAGAAUCUUGAAGUACCUCCAGAUUGAAUGGCAUCCAAAUGUCAAGGGAUUUACUUGAUUGAAGAUUUUGUUAAUUAGAACUAAUGAUCUCAAGCACUGGAAAUCCACAAAUGAUAAUUUUCCUGUCCUUGAGCAUCUUGUGCUUAAAAGAUGCAGAUAUUUGAAAGAGAUACCCAUUGAGUUUGCAGAAAUCCACACACUACAGCUGAUUGACUUAACAAGUUGUUUUCCCAAACUUGGGGAAUCUGCUGCACAAAUUCAACAAGAACAAGAAGACCUCGGAAACAACCCCAUGGACGUUGUAUCUCCGAUCCAUUGGGGGAGAGUUUUUACGAUUCAGAUGAAUAUUAGCAAAGGAGUUCAAGGCCAGAAAGAUUGAACUCUUGGGAUUUCAUUUCGGUUCCUCUGUCGCAAAUUACCACUAAAUUAUCGGUUUCAAGCAACGUGUGGCUUCCAAGGAGAUGUGAUAUCUUUUGUAUUGUAACAUAUUUUUGAGUUGUACUAAUUCCCUUCUUCCCUUCUCUUUUUAUGUAACUUUACAGAUUCAACUUCAAGUAGUAGCAGACCACGUGGUUGAUUGUGAUCGAGUUUGAUGAUUAUUAUAUACGAUGAGACAACCAGUUAGUUUUGUGGUGUCUAGGAGUCUUUAUGUUGUUGUUCUGAUUCCAUUAUUUCGAUCCGCAUCCCAACUUGAACUCUUAAUAAAUGCUCUUAUGACUCUGGCAAUGUACUUGAUUAUGGUUUCAUUUAUUGAUUUGGUUAUUGCUUUGGG